ACUUCGGAUUCCUGAUCCAGCCGAUUCUUUCCGGUCGACCUCUCCCAUACAGGGCGAUCUAGUCCCCUCAUUGGCUAUUGACAACUUCCUCAGUCCUUCUGUAUGCCUUCAUUUACGCUCGCGCGUUUGCGUUUCCAUUUCCAUUAAAUCAGCACCGGCAGUGAUAGAGGGUGAAGCAUUGUUGUACUGAAGGCUCAUAACGAGGAAUCACCAACGUUAAAUAUGGCAAAUCCGAAGGUUUUCUUUGACGUCGCUGCAGAUGGCAAUAAAAUCGGCAGAAUUACCAUGGAGCUGAGGGCCGAUGUUGUCCCCAAGACCGCAGAGAACUUCCGUGCCCUCUGUACUGGGGAGAAGGGCUUUGGCUACAAGGGGUCCUCCUUCCACCGUGUCAUCACUGAUUUCAUGUGUCAGGGUGGUGACUUCACAAAACAUAAUGGAACUGGAGGCAAGUCCAUUUAUGGAAACAAGUUUGCAGAUGAGAACUUCACUUUGAAGCAUACAGGGCCUGGCAUCCUGUCCAUGGCCAACGCUGGACCCAACACCAACGGCUCCCAGUUCUUCCUCUGCACGGUUAAGACCGCAUGGCUGGACGGCAAGCACGUUGUGUUUGGGAAAGUUAUCGAAGGGGAUGAUAUUGUGAAGAAAAUUGAAAGCUUUGGCAGUGAGUCAGGCAAGACCAGCAAGAAGAUCACCAUCGAAGAUUGUGGCCAGCUCUGAGUCCCAACUGUGUACUGAUGCCCUGCCCCACCGCCACAAAAAAAUUAUCCUCAUUAUUCCUCAUCUUUUCCUAGUAUGAAUAUACUGCAUUUGGCUGGCUUCAAGACUUGUAAAUGCAUCAUUGUUUAUUAUGAAUUGUAUUUGAUUCCACCAGGAGAAAAUAUUGGGCACCCUGUGCAUUAACUCUGCAACAAUCUUUUGAAUAAACAAAAUGAUUCCAAACUUUGAA